AACCAGCAUGGUCUGCUGCUGCUGCUUUACCUAGGCUAGGUAGGUGUAGUGCGUUGUUUUGUUACAUUGUUUUGUGAGUAUUCUGACCGGUGGAAGUGUUAUUAUUUAUAUACGUUGUAUUUUAAAGUAUAAAUGUAUUGUUAUUGAAAUAAUCUGUUUAUAUUUGAAACUUUUCUAAACAGAAAAUCAUAACAAUGGUUAGGAAAAAGAUUGAUAACAGAAUUAGAGUUUUAAUUGAAAAUGGGGUUAAUUUGGGUCAUAGGACAAUGUUUGUUGUUGUUGGCGAUAAAGGAAAAGACCAGGUAGUAAUUUUGCAUCACAUGUUAUCAAAGGCAACAGUGAAAGCUCGUCCAUCAGUUUUGUGGUGCUACAAAAAAGAAUUGGGAUUCAGCAGCAAUAGAAAAAAGCGUAUGAAACAGCUGCAAAAGAAGAUAAAAACAGGAAAGUUGAAUGUAAAUGAAGAUGAUCCUUUUGAACUAUUUGUAGCGUCUACAACAAUCCGUUACUGUUAUUAUGCUGAGACCCAGAAGAUAUUGGGUAACACGUAUGGGAUGUGUGUUUUACAGGAUUUUGAAGCCCUGCAACCCAACUUGUUGGCCCGCACCGUUGAGACAGUGGAGGGAGGAGGUAUCGUAGUACUGCUGCUGCGCUCAGUCUCCUCACUCCGUCAGCUGUACACCAUGACCAUGGAUGUGCAUGAACGUUACCGCACUGAAGCGCAUAAGGACGUAGUUGCACGCUUCAAUGAAAGGUUUCUUUUGUCACUGUCUUCGUGUCAGCGCUGUUUGGUUGUGGAUGAUCAGUUGACAGUGUUACCAAUCUCGUCACAUGUGCUAGACCUAGAACCAGUUUCAAGAGAGAAUGUUGACUCCCGUUCAUCUCAAGAGUUGGCAGAACUGAAGGAGAGCUUGCAGGACACACAGCCUGUCAGCUCACUACUGAACUGCUGCAAGACGCUCGACCAGGGUAAAGCACUAUUGAAGUUUAUUGAGGCCAUAUCGGAGAAAACACUAAGGAGCACAGUGUCCCUGACAGCAGCGAGAGGUAGAGGCAAGUCAGCGGCUCUAGGGCUGGCUGUUGCAGCAGCAGUGGCAUUUGGCUAUGCGAACAUCUUCGUCACUUCACCCUCACCAGAGAAUCUUAAGACAUUUUUUGAAUUCGUCUUUAAAGGUUUUGAUGCCUUAGCCUACCAAGAACAUCUUGACUACAGUUUGGUGCAGUCAACAAACCCAGAGUACAAUAAGGCUUUGGUCAGAGUGAACAUUUUCAGGGAUCAUCGUCAAACUAUUCAGUACAUCCAGCCUACUGAUGCUCACUACCUCAGUCAAGCAGAGCUACUGGUGAUAGACGAAGCCGCUGCCAUCCCUCUCCCCUUCGUCAAGUCAAUGCUGGGACCUUACCUUGUCUUCCUAGCUUCAACCAUCAAUGGGUAUGAGGGUACUGGCCGCAGUCUGUCUUUGAAGCUACUGCAGCAGCUGCGGACGCAAGCCGUGUCUGUCGGCACUGCAGCUAAUAAAGUCAAGGAUCAGUCUGCAGCAACUGGUCGCUGCUUACACGAGAUUGUGCUGGAGGAGCCGAUACGAUACCAGGCCGGAGACAGUGUGGAGCAGUGGCUAACUGACUUGCUGUGUCUGGACGCUACCACGGUGCGACAGUUGCACUCUGGUACUCCGCCCCCAGAUCUGUGUGACCUAUACUACAUCAACAGGGAUACAUUAUUCUGCUACCAUAAAGCCUCUGAAGAAUUCCUCCACAGAAUUGUGUCAUUGUUUGUCUCUUCACAUUAUAAGAACAGUCCCAAUGAUCUGCAGAUGAUGUCCGAUGCUCCGGCUCAUCACCUGUUCUGUCUGCUCGGCCCCGUUCCUGCUGACUCCACCACUCUUCCAGAAGUUCUCUGUGUUAUACAGGUCUGCCUGGAGGGGCAGGUAUCCCGUAGUUCUGUCUCCCAAGGGCUGUCUCAAGGUAAGAGAGCCUCCGGAGAUCUGAUACCAUGGACUGUAGCACAGCAGUACCAGGAUCAGGACUUUCCCUCUCUAUCUGGUGCCCGGGUUGUUCGGAUUGCUACUCAUCCUGACUAUCAGAGUAUGGGAUAUGGGACACGGGCUCUGGCUCUUCUCAAGGACUAUUAUGAGUUGAGAGUGACAAGCCUGGACGAGAGAGAGCGACCAGCAGAACACAUAGAGAGUGUGGCAGUUGAUGAUGUUGGGCUGCUGGAGGAAACCAUUGAACCACGGAAGUCUCUUCCCCCUCUCCUGCUGAAACUAAGUGAAAGGCCACCCGAGAAGUUAGACUAUCUGGGAGUGUCGUAUGGUCUCACAGCACCUCUUCUCAAAUUUUGGAAAAAGGCUGGCUUUGUACCUGUUUAUCUGAGGCAGACAAUGAAUGAGCUGACUGGAGAGCACAGUUGCAUCAUGCUACACUCAUUACACUGUGAGAAGACAGCACAAUGGCUGGUGGAGUUCUGGCUGGAUUUCCGUCGCAGGUUCGUCUCUCUGCUAGCGUUCCAGUUCCGCACAUUUCCCACUGCCCUGGCUCUCAGUGUGGUCGUGAACAAGGCUGCCAAUCCUCCUCAACAGACACUGACCAAGCAGGAGAUGGACGUGUUGUUGACCAAGUACGAUGUCAAGAGGCUGGAAAUGUAUUGUAACAAUCUGGUGGACUACCAUCUCGUGGUGGACUUGCUGCCCACACUAGCCCGACUGUAUUUCCUCAACAAGAUGGGUGAUGUUCAUCUCUCAGCUGUGCAAGCGGCAUUGCUCCUGGGAAUGGGGCUGCAACACAAGAUUGUGGACAGCCUAUCUUCAGAGUUGGAGCUACCGGCCAGUCAACUUUUGGGACUGUUCAACCGCAGCACACGGCGCAUGGUGGCGUUCCUGGUGGCACUGGUGGAAGGGGCGGUGGCGGAGACACUGCUUGCUCCUUCUCGCCCUUCUGAUACUCCCCAAAGGCUCCAAAGUCUUCACAGUGAACUGAAUCAAGCAGCUGAUGAGUUGAAGAAAAAGCAAAGUGAAGAACUGAAGAAAUUGAAAAAAGAAAACCUAAGCCAGUAUGCCAUUAAAGGAUCAGAAUCAGAAUGGGACAAAGCAUUGUCUAAGGGGUCAAAAAACUUGAUCUCAGUUAAGAGUGGAGAAAAAAGGCCACUCCCUUCUGAAGAUCCUGUUGAAGAUGAGGAACCACCAGAACACAUAAAGAAAAAGAAGAAGAAGAAAAAGUUUAACAAAGUUGCAAACUUAAGUUGAUAAAAUGUAAAAAUACAAAAAAAUAAUAAAAUGUACAUAAUACAAUA